ACACAAGCACACACACAUCUGCACCUCAACCACAGACUACACUUGCUGAACUGGCUCCUGGGGCUAUGAGGCUGUCACUGCCACUGCUGCUGCUGCUGCUGGGAGCCUGGGCCAUCCCAGGGGGCCUCGGGGACAGGGCGCCACUCACAGCCACAGCCCCACAACUGGAUGAUGAGGAGAUGUACUCAGCCCACAUGCCCGCUCACCUGCGCUGUGAUGCCUGCAGAGCUGUGGCUUACCAGAUGUGGCAAAAUCUGGCAAAGGCAGAGACCAAACUUCAUACCCCAAACUCUGGGGGGCGGCGGGAGCUGAGCGAGUCGGUCUACACGGAUGUCCUGGACCGGAGCUGCUCCCGGAACUGGCAGGACUACGGAGUUCGAGAAGUGGACCAAGUGAAACGUCUCACAGGCCCAGGACUUAGCGAGGGGCCAGAGCCAAGCAUCAGCGUGAUGGUCACAGGGGGCCCCUGGCCUACCAGGCUCUCCAAGACAUGUUUGCACUACUUGGGGGAGUUUGGAGAAGACCAGAUCUAUGAAGCCCACCAACAAGGCCGAGGGGCUCUGGAGGCAUUGCUAUGUGGGGGACCCCAGGGGGCCUGCUCAGAGAAGGUGUCAGCCACAAGAGAAGAGCUCUAGUCCUGGACUCUACCCUCCUCUGAAAGAAGCUGGGGCUUGCUCUGACGGUCUCCACUCCCGUCUGCAGGCAGCCAGGAGGGCAGGAAGACCUUGCUCUGUGCUGCCAUCCUGCCUCCCUCCUCCAGCCUCAGGGCACUGGGGCCUGGGUGGGAGCCAAGGCCUUCCCCUCUGGACUCAAAUAAAACCCAGUGACCUCA